ACGGUGCAACCAAACACGACCUUUCUUCCUCCUCCUUCAAUUCAUUGGCCUCCCAUCCAGCAGCAGAGCACUCACUGCACUGAUCGAUCGAGCACCAACCCAUCAUCAUUGCCAUCCUUCUUUCCUUCUUCCCCGGCCGCCAUUUUCCUCUCCCGAUCGAUCUCACUCGCUAGCUCAUCGUACGUACGUACGUGUUCCACCCCACCACCUCCAUUAAUGCCCAACCCACCACCUCCUCCAUCCUUCCUGGAUCUAUCCCUAUAUCACUCACCCACCUCUCACUGCCUGGCUGCCUGCCUUCACACUACCAUACUAGUGCUAGCUAGCUCAUCAGCUCGAAGCUGCAGGUAACAAGCAAGCAAGCACAGCUAGCGACAAUGGCGGCCGUCGAGAAUGGCAGCAGCAGCAGCAAGGAGCAGGUAGCAGCAGUGAGCGUGACGGGCAGGCGCACGGUGGCGCCCGGCAAGAGCCGGUGCGUCCUGGCCACCUUCGACCUCCCCUACAUCACCUUCUACUACAACCAGAAGCUGCUCCUGUACCGCACGGUCGACUUCCCCGACGCCGCUGCGCGCAUCACGGCCGCGCUCUCCGACGCGCUCCGCGUCUUCUACCCGCUCGCCGGCCGCAUCCGCCAGGACGCCGACGGCGCGCUCGCCGUGGAGGGCGACGAGGGCGCCGAGGUCCUGGAGGCCGAGGCCGAGGGCGUCGCCGUGGACGAACUCGCCGGAUCCGGAGGGGACUGCGGCGAGAGGGUCAUGCAGCAGCUGGUGCCAUACACCGGCGUCAUGAACCUCGAGGGGCUCCGCCGCCCGCUGCUGGCUGUCCAGCUGACGAAGCUCAAGGACGGCCUGGCCGUGGGCUGCGCCUUCAACCACGCCGUGCUGGACGGCACCUCGACCUGGCACUUCAUGUCCUACUGGGCCCAGCUCUGCCGCACGAGCAGCCCAUCAUCCCUGGUGCCGCAGCCCAUCCACGAGCGCUCCCUGGCCCGGCCCGUCCGCGUGCGCCUGGACCUCCCCGAGUCCGCCGAGGCCCACGAGAAGACGGACCCCAACGGGCCCAAGAAGCCUCUGGUGGCCCGCGUCUUCUCCUUCCCGGCGGCGACCGUGGCGCGCAUCAAGGCGGCCGCCAACGCCGCGCUCCCGCCGGCCGCCAAGCCCUUCUCCACCUUCCAGUCCCUGGGCGCGCACCUCUGGCGCGCCGUCUCCCGCGCCCGCGGCCUCGGCCCCGCCGACAUCACCGCCUUCGCCGUCUUCGCCGACUGCCGCGCCCGCCUCGACCCGCCGCUCCCGCCCGCCUACUUCGGCAACCUCAUCCAGGCCGUCUUCACGGGCGUGCCCGCCGGGAUGCUCCUGGGCGGGCCCCCCGAGCUGGCGGCCGGCCUGCUGCAGAAGGCCAUCGACGACCACGACGCCGCCGCCGUCACGCGGAGGCUCGAGGAGUACGAGGCCGCGCCCAAGCUCUUCCACUACAGCGACGCCGGGCCCAACUGCGUCGCCGUGGGGAGCUCCCCGCGCUUCAAGGUGUACGACGUCGACUUCGGCUUCGGCAGGCCCGAGCGCGUGCGCAGCGGCGGCAACAACAAGUUCGACGGCAUGGUCUACCUCUACCCGGCCCGCGCCGGCGACGGAGGCAUCGACGUCGAGCUGGCGCUGCAGCCGGAGCCGAUGCAGAGGCUCCAGGAGGACGCCGACUUCCUCCUCCACCAGCCGGCCUAGCCACCUGCUCAUUUAAUUAAUUGUUAACUAAUUGGUAUUGGAUUGACAGUACUGUACUGUAGUAUUCGAUCCUUGUUGCAUUGCUUCGUCACCAUUCAAUUCCGUAUGUUUCAUCAGUCGGUGUUGUACUCUUGUACCUUUUUUUUGUGACUUUGUACUCUUGUGUCUUGUUAUAUAUACUUAUGUACCACUGGAUUUUUUUUUUUUGAAAGUUAUGUACCACUGGAUUUGAUCGUCAAGAAUAAAUAAAUCUAGUAAUAAUCAAUUCUCACGCAA